AUGAUAAUCUUGGGCCUAACGGAUGUGAACAUAAUAUCACAUGUAGCAGGUUAUGGUUCUUAUAUUAUAGCAUUCGAUCGUUUCACUGGAAUACUUCUAUGGCAAAAAAGAGUUUCUUCACAUCCAGCGUCUAAAUUAACAAGCACUCCUCAACUAGCGAAUAAUAUUCUUUUUGUUGGCAUAUCAUCGUCUGAAGAAUCCUACGCAAUUGAUCCAACAUAUCCCUGUUGCACAUUUCAAGGAUCUGUGGUUGCACUGAACGCCAGUACGGGUAUGUUUCUUUGGGAAACAAAAAUGAUGCCAGAUAAUAAUGGAACCACAACUGGAUAUUCAGGUGCCGCAAUUUGGGGUAGUCAGUUUCCAGUUGACUACAAACGCAACCAAAUCUAUGUUGCAACUGGUAACUACUAUAAACUACCAGCUUUAGUUCAAAAAUGUGUGAAUGACACUAACAAUUUGACUCUCUAUUCCGAUCCAUGUGAUGAGCGGGCUGCUUACGGUCAAGCUAUUGUAGCAUUAGAUAUGACUACGGGAAUUGUUCGUUGGAAUCGAAAUCUUGGACCUAUAAAUGCAUACACUGAAGCUUGUGGUCACCCGAGUGUUAAUUGUCCACCUUAUCCUGGAAAUGAUAGUGACUUUGGACAAGCUCCAAUAUUGAAACUAAACUUGCAGUAUAAAUUAGGCGGCAAAAACCGUGAUCAAUUGUUUGUUGGACAAAAAACCGGUAUAGCAUUUAACUUCGACGCUGAAACAGGAACAAUUAUCUGGUCCAAACAAGUUGCACCUGGUUCCCACGCCGCUGGAAUUAAAUUUGGAUCUGCUGCUGAUGAUCAAUAUCUCUAUGUUGGCAAUAAUAAUGCUAAUAGUUUAAAUUACACAUUGCCAAAUGGAACUACAACAACGAAGGCAAGUUGGUCUGCCUUAGAUUUAGUCACCGGUGAUGUUAAGUGGACUACGGUUGAUCCUACAACAAAUGUAAAUCAAACAAGCGCUUCUCUUGCAUUGACCGUCUGGGAUCAACUUGUUCUAGUUCAAGGUGGAACUUCACCAGGAAGAUUAGCUACUCCAAUCAAAGGAUGUCUCUAUGGAUUGAACAAGACGAAUGGUGAAGUUUUGUAUGAAUGGUGUAUUGAAAAUACGCCAAUUGGUAGCGGUGCAUCUGUUGCAAAGAAUACUAUAUAUGUGGGAAUUGGAUAUGCAAUACCAAGAGCAGCAACAGACGGUCUAGUAGCAUUACAAUUGCCUUUGAUACCUUGA